AACUUCGGCAAAUCCUAUUUAGGGUAGCGAUCUCGUCUUAUCUUUUAGUUAUUAGAAUUGAAAAUCGAUGCGUUAAUAAUAGUUUUCUGGUCGUGGAUUUAGAUAAGCUUUGUAACACUGUAUCCACUCAGUGAGUACCCAGUGUCGGAGGCUGGAUACAUUGUGAACAGGUCCAUCCCCUGAAGCGCAUUAGAAUGAAGCGCACGGUGAAUAGACGGAAUUACCAUAUCACCCCCUCAACUUUAACUUGACAACACUUGCAUAAGAAAUUGAACUAUUCAGUCACGUUUGUUGAUUUGUAGAUUUAUUGAGAGUCGAAGUUUAUCUUGGGUUGGUGUCAAAUUAAACCCCAUUACAGACUUUAACGGAGCGAGACUCUUUGUAUUUAAAAUCAGAAUGCAAUAAAGCAUAAAAAAGCGAAAUCGUGAACUUUUAGACACGGAUCUGUGACCAUAUUGUUGGUGCUUUGAACUUCGCUUUAUGUGUUCGUACACGAUCGGUCACCAAAUAUCGACUCUACUGUCGGUUCAUCUAUAGGUUCAGUACAGCUUCUGUCGAAGUGUAGUGCUUUAGAUAAGACCAACUGUCAAACACAAUCGAAACCAUAAAGAUAUAUGGGUGUUGUGAAACCUGGAACAGGGAAGUGGCUGGCCAUUUAAAUACGCUGUAGUUAAGACACAACAUUGCAAGGAACCACAGCGGCGUUUCGUUAUCACUUAGAACAACCUGGCGGCUACUUCACACCAUAAACUUUGUCACAGAUUGAAAAUCAGCCGUCGAACCCCGUAUUAUGUUCAGAACAUGGGGACAGUGAAGAGCAGUCAUUAACUAUAGACGCAAACAAUUAGUCUGAAGUUUUUAUGCCUCUGUCACAUCAGGCAUCGUUCGUUAUGAUUCGGAGUACGUGAUGAUUACACCGUUCAGGAAUAAUAAUGACCAAAUCCAGGGAAAAUCUGGCGGAUUUGUAAGACGUGGGACAAGCUAAUCAUCAUCAUCACCAUGGUCUCUAAGAAAGAGUACGACAGGGUGCCCCUGGUUUCUGGAAGUGUCUCGGACUCUGAUGAAGAUUCCGGACCGGUGUACAACAUCAGCCUCCGUCAGAGGCGCCACAAUCGACCUUAUCACAGACCGUUCCUGGUGGCCGGAGCAUUAGUCAUCAUAGUACUGUUAGCGGUGAUCGCCGCCAUGUGUUACGUCAUAGUAAACCGCCCCGACCCCACCAGGACCACCCUGCCGCCCUCUGUGACAGAAAACAUAAAGAUUACCCAAGGUUCUACAGAAGACGUCACCCCACCCAUUGGGACCAUAGCUCCGGACAAUCGACGUCGAACGACACCAGACUGGAAUGUGACUUUUGAUGCUCUGGGCACUGAGUGUGUGAUUAGACUGAUCGACAUUGACGGGGACGGCCUACAGGACAUAGUGUUUGGUGCCGCCGCCACCGCUGACCUCGCCAAUAUCGAAAGCCUCGACAUGAACGCAGAUUUGAGGAAAUUUUGCAAGGCGACUGGCAGAACCUACCCAUGUAUCGGCACUUUUAUCGGUAUGAGGGGAUAUGACGGAAAAGUCCUAUGGAAAAUCCCUACACGAGCCGGCGCCUUACUGACCAACUGUGAAGACUUUGAUAUCAAUUUGGACGGAAACACCGACUGUGUCAUCGGAGGCCGCAGCGCCACCAUGGAGGCUAUAGACGUUAGGAACGGAAAACGACUUUGGGAAGCUCGUUCAGCAUUUUUCAGUAAUACCUGGAACUUUUAUCACCCAAUGGCCUUGCCUGAUUUUAAUGGAGAUGGUGUCAAAGAAAUAGCGGUCAUGCAUGGUGGGAAUCCAACCAAAGAUUCCAACGACCAUGACCGAGAGUCCGGCCGUCUGAUCAUGCUGGACGGUAGGACGGGGGAAGGGAUGGGGGUGCGCUCUCUGGAUAUGCCCAACAGCAAGGAGAGUUACCAGAGUCCGGUGAUGUACACCUACAGUGACGGAUCACAGUACAUCCUGCUGGGGAGUGGGGGCGAAACAAUUCCCGGGGAUUUUAUGAUGAUCUCGUUGCCGGAUUUUUAUCGUUACGUGAUGGGGAUCUCAAAGGACGCCAAAGUACCGAAUACAAGGGGAUCAUACGACCAUUGGCGCCAUCUCCACAGACAUCCAGACACGGGCAUCAUAGUGUUAUUCACGGGCGUGACGAAGGGCGUGAUGGUCCCGCCCCUGAUGACGGAUAUCGACCGUGACGGAGUGGACGACAUCGUGAUGUCGGCUUACGAUGGAAUCGUGAUGCUGCUGGACGGUAAAACCAUGAAGUCCAAAUGGAAAGCCGAAUUCCCGGGAAUGGAAUCUUACAGUACGCCUGCUCCGGGAUACUUUGAUGAAGAUGACGUAUUAGAUUUCAUGGUUCACUGGAGCACAGGCGCUUGGCCAAUGUACAAUGCCUCACAGAAAGUGAUAUUGAGCGGGAAGGACGGGAGUGUAAUCUGGCGGGCUGGCCUGAGGAAUUUUGAGAUGUCCUCAGACUUGACCAUUCAAACUACCGAACCCCACAGAGACAUUUAUCUGUACAAGAUGAAGGGGCGUGGUGCGCACGUGUACCAAGACGUCACGGGAGAAAUCCACGGUGUCGGGGUGCAGAGGAAUAUUUCCAUACUUCCAAAUAAUGACGAUUCCAUGGAAUAUAAAGAUUUCAUGAAAUAUCAUUUCCGGUGCAAUGCCGGGGUCGACAUUAAAUCGGAAAUUUUUAUGAUGGACAGAUCGACGGCCGACACGCCCAUCAAAAUAAUGGAAACGCCCCCAAUAGAAUACGAGUACCAUCCAAGAAUAAACUGGAAAGCUGGCGUUAGAAAUGAAAGUGUAAAUUAUUGUGCCGUGUUGAUUCCAGAAGAUAGAACCACGUCUGCCAUCGGUGACGUAGAUGGAGAUGGCAACCUUGACCUCGUGACCUUGAUCGGUCAUACCGGACAAAUGGUGGACGAGCAUUACAGCUAUGACAGAAUGAUCUAUAAGACUACAAUAUACAAAAUUAACCUUAGUCCUGUUCUACAAAAUGGCGAAUUCCGGACUCCGAUUAAGAUGCAGACGACACUGCCACUAGAUCGUUACCACCAACAGAAGGACGUCUCAUUUUUACACCCGCUUCCGCUUAAACAACAGCAAUGGCUGUCAUACUUUGGUACCAAACAAAACGGACAUUUUAAGAAUAAAAGAUAACACGUUGA